ACUACGCGACUGUCAACAACGCAGCGCUCACAUGGCUGAGUUCAGUCUGAUCCACCAGUAGAUUUCAGGACUUCUUUCACAUCUAAUCAGCACGAAUUCAGCCGCCCUUCCUGUACGAUCUUAUUCGCUCCUGCGGGAGUCCAUGCUCUGUGAACAGGGCAGUGAAAAGUCCUGUUUGUUCUGCCCUCGGAGUGGACCGGGCUUUCUGCGAUGGCUCUGUUCACGAUCAAUCGGUAUCUGGGAGAUGAAGAUGAAAGUGAGUCAGCCAGCGAGUCUCGAUCCAAAGCCCGGCUGGCCAAGCUCCAGGAACAAGCAAAAGCGAGAGAACAGCAGAGUCUUGCAGCUAAAGAAGAGGUAACUGUCAAAGACACUAGCUCUGGUCAGAGCGACUUAGGAAAAAAUAAAAGAAAAUUAGAACAAGAAGAAAAAGAGAGGAAGCAGCACAAGAAGAAGAGGAAGGAAAGCUCUGAGAAGCUGGAUGAUGCUGAUAACACAGCCGUCCCUGUGGAACACUCCGAGUCAGGCACAAAGGAUACUGCAACAAAGAAGAAGAAGAAAAAAGACAAAAAGAAAGAAGAGGAGCAAGAUACAAAAGAUCAUCCAUCUGAAGAAUCUACUGUAGCAGUGCAGGAGACUGAAGAUGAUGGAGGGGAACCUGAGGGAACCCAAAAAACUGCCAACGGUCACCCUGACCCGUCAAACACAGGAUCAGGAAAGAGCUCCUCCGACACCAGCUUUCACGUCCUGGGUGGAUUUGAGAAUAAGACAGUACAAAAGGUCCAGAGGGUAUUACCGAAGUGGCUGGCUGAGCCGGAUGCUAUUGAGAGAGAUAUUAAGAGUAAUCUGGUCCCUCUCAGUGAAGUUCCCGGCAUCUGUUUUACGCUACAGAAGAAGCUGGAAGCCAAUGGGAUCCAAAACUUUUUCCCAGUUCAAGCAGAGGUUAUUCCUGCCAUCUUGGAAACUGUGAAUUCAGGGCUGCUGAUUGGUCGAGGUGGCUACAGGCCCAGAGACAUCUGUGUGUCUGCUCCCACCGGAAGUGGAAAGACACUGGCAUUUGUUAUACCUGUCAUACAGGCGCUGUUGACCCGAGUGGUGUGUGAAGUUCGUGCCCUGGCCGUGUUACCUACGAAAGAGCUUGCCCAGCAGGUAUGCAAGGUUUUUUACUCCUACGCUGAAGGAACUGGUCUAAAAGUGGUCAUGGUCGCAGGGCAGAAACCUUUCGCUGCAGAACAGGCAGCCCUUUCAGAAACCAGAGGAGGCGUGUGUCGCAGUCUGGCAGAUAUUGUUGUUGCCACACCAGGUCGUCUGGUGGACCACAUUAACAAAAAUGACAACUUUAGCCUCCAACAUCUACGAUUCCUGAUCAUUGAUGAGGCAGACCGAAUGAUCGACAGCAUGCACCAGGCCUGGCUCAGUCAGGUCACCAAAGCAGUCUAUAAAAGUGGGAGUGGCUCAGAUAUAUCAAUCUUCAGGAGGGUGAAGCCAGGCCCAAUAACAGUGGCAAGUCUGUCUCCACCCCAGAUGCCGCUGCAGAAGCUGCUCUUCUCGGCCACUCUGACGCAGAACCCAGAGAAAUUGCAGCAGCUGGGGCUCCACCAGCCGCGUCUCUUCAGCUCCACACACACCUCCACGCAGGACGGCACACACACAGAGGAGAAAUUCAACUUCCCCCAGGGCCUGACGGAGUACUACGUUUGCUGCACGCUGAGUAAGAAGCCUCUCCUCCUUCUCCACUUCCUGCUCCAGCUGAAGUUCAGCCCUGCCUUAUGUUUCAUGAACUCAAGAGAAGCAGCACACAGGCUCUUCUUGCUGGUGAAGCUCUAUGGAGGAGUUGAAGUGGCAGAAUUUUCCUCCAGACUCAGUCCUAAUGAGAGACAGAAAACCUUGAAAAGAUUUGAACAAGGAAAGAUCGCAUUGUUGAUCAGCACUGAUGCUGCUGCCAGAGGGAUCGACAUAAAAGGAGUUAAAUGUGUCAUUAAUUAUGAUGCCCCACAGUACAUCAGGACGUACAUCCACAGAGUGGGAAGAACAGCAAGAGCAGGAAAAGCUGGAGUGGCCUUCACUUUCCUCUUAGGAGUGCAGGUGAAAAACUUUGUGCAAAUGGUGCUGAAUGCUGGCAGUGCUGGUCUACAGAAACAGACUAUUAAACCAGAGCAUCUCAAAGGCAUGGAGAGCCAGUACGAAGAAGCACUGGAUGAGCUGGGGAAAGCUAUAAAGGAGGAGAAAGCCCAGAAGCGCUUCUGAGAGGAUGUUGACCAGGAGCUGACCUGCAAGAAUAAAUAUUUGUCUCCAUCUUUACUUUCUUAAGGCUUUUGUUCUUUAGAAAAGAUUGCAUCUAUGGUAGCAUUUUAAAUAAAAUUGAAAACGAAA